AUGAAAAUAAUAGUAAUUUAAGUUAUAUUGGUCUGGCUUUAGCAGGCAUAAAUAGAUAUUUAAUGUUAUAUAGCUUAGUAAAAAAGAGUAUUUAGCUUAAAAAAUAAUUCUGAAUAAACAUUUUAAGACAAUCUAGUCUAGAAAUAGCAUAGGAAUCUGAAUAAUAUUGUAAAGAUAUUAGUUAUCCAUAAUACUUUCAAGGUUCAAUGGAAAUAGUAAACGAAUAAUUAAAGCUAUUAUUAAGUCAAUGCAUACAUGAGAUAUCUUCUGUUAAGGGUUUAAGUUAUUGUAUUGUAUUUAUCUAAUAAAGGAAAAAUCCAUUAAAGAGAGCACAAAACUCCUCAUUUGCUUUAAAAAUUUUCUUAAAAAUUUUUUUUAAAUGCAAAUAAAUUAGCCAAAUGGAUGAAAGCUCUACUUUAUCUCUUGAAAAAAUUGAAAAAAGAGAAAGAAAGAUUGAGAGUCAAUAAAAAAAUUAAAUUAUUUGAAAUUAGUGAUUGA